AUGGUAUGCAAACUCCAUAAAUCCAUUUAUGGUCUCAAGCAAAGUCCACAUGCAUGGUAUGCCAAGCUCAAUCAUAUUCUGGAAAGGGUUGGUUUUUGUCGAAGUAUUGCGGAUUCUUCCCUAUUUGUUCGUUCCAGCUCAGUGGGUAAACUAGUUAUGCUCAUUUAUGUUGAUGAUCUAAUUGUGACAGGUGAUAAUAUGUCAGAGAUUAAUGCUCUUAAACAGUAUCUCAACAACAAGUUUGCUAUCAAGGAUCUUGGCACUCUCAAAUACUUUCUGGGCAUCGAGAUGGCACACUCUCACAAGGGUUUCUUCCUCAACCAACGCAAGUAUGUCAUGGAUCUUCUUCACGAAGCAAAAAUGACAGAUUGCAAGCCUGCUCGUAUCCCCUUGGAUAGCAACUUGAAGCUAAAAACUCAUGGUGAUCCAGUUCCCAAUUUAAGUUACUAUCAAAGAAUGGUUGGCAAACUCAUUUAUCUGACUAUCACACGUCCUGAUAUAUCAUAUGCCGUCAGCAUUGUUAGCCAGUUUAUGCACUCUCCAAGCAUGGAUCAUUUGAAGAUUGUUCAUCGUGUGCUACGUUAUCUUAAGGGUUCCAUUGGUAGAGGAAUUCUUAUGCGCAACAAUAGUCACACUCAGAUCUCAGGCUAUACCGAUGCUGACUGGGCAGGCAAUUCUCUCGAUCGCAAGUCUACCACUGGGUUUUGUACGUUUGUGGGAGGCAACCUAGUUACCUGGAAAAGCAAGAAACAAAGUGUUGUUGCACGCUCUAGUGCAGAGGCAGAGUAUCGUGCUAUGGCGUCGACUGCUUGUGAACUUAUUUGGCUCAAAAGCCUUCUGUUGGCUUUAGGUUUUCCUCAUCAACAACCCAUGUCCCUACACUAUGAUAAUCAGGCCGCGAUGCACAUUGCAUCGAAUCGUGUAUUCCAUGCGAACUAA